UAGAAUCACUUUAUUAAGCGAGUCAACGUUAUAUAUGUAAUCUGCUUUUGUUUAAAUUCUGUUAAAAACCGCGCGAAGCCGCCGCCGCCGUUUUCGUGGCCUGGCGCCGACAAUUGCGUUCGGGGUUGCGGGCUGCGCGAACCGCUUCUUUAAACCGGCGCCGAGGCUGCUCGUGAAACGGAAAAAAGAUUAUUUGUCGGGCCGAGUACGGAAUAUUAGGGCUCAUUGUGAACAAUCGCGUUUCAUCAGUAAAAAUCAAGGCUUAACUGCGUCUAAUAAGGAUCAAUUCACGAAUAGUUGCCGCCGUAAUAGCGGCGCGCGCUCGCCUGCCGGAACGGGCUUAAGUGGCGGGCGGAACGGAGUAUUUUGGCGGUAGGCGGCGGGCAGGUAGCCAGGUAGGCAGGCAGCCAGGUAGGCGCUAAUUGGACGACACCUGCGGCACCUGCGCCAUGGAGGGCGGGCCCUUCGACGACAACCUCUUCUCCGACUUCGGCGGCUGCGUGUCGGGCUCCAGCACGCUGCUCAGCGCGAGGGCGCACGCCGAGUCCCGCGGCAAUGUCCACUCCAUACAGGUGAUGCUGGGUCUCCAGCACUCGGACAUCCUGCUGGGCAAGAUGGACGCCGGCGCCGGCGCCGCCUCCGGUGGGGGCGGGCAGGGCCAGGACGGCGGCGCAGGAGGCCUGUUCGGCGCGGCUGGUGACGCGGGCCCCGGGCCCACGCCACCGCUCGUCACGCAGCCUGCCGCCAAGCGCAAGGACGACCCGCUGUUGCAGCACGCCGACUCACAGCAGCAGCAGCAACAGCAGCAGCAGCAGCAGACCUUCAUCGUCUCCGCAGCCAUGGAGACUCCUACCCAGACGCCGACGACGACGUCCAAGAAGUCAGAGUCGAAGAGCAAAAAGAGUGACAAUAACGGAGUGAAGAAGAAGAAAACGAGGACGACGUUCACGGCGUACCAGCUGGAGGAGCUGGAGCGCGCGUUCGAGCGAGCGCCGUACCCCGACGUGUUCGCGCGCGAGGAGCUGGCGCUCAAGCUGAGUCUCAGCGAGUCGCGCGUCCAGGUGUGGUUCCAGAACCGGCGCGCCAAGUGGCGCAAGCGGGAGCCGCCGCGCAAGACGGGCUACCUCGCCACCGGAGGCUCGGCGAGCGCGUCACUGUCGUCGUUCGGCUCGCUGAACAGCUCGCUUGGCCCGUUCUCCGGGGGCGGCGCCGGAGGCGGCGGGGGCGGCGUGUCAGUGGGCGGAGGCGGCGUGCCGGUGGGUGGAGGCGGCGUGGGCGUCGGCGUGGGCGUGUCGGCGCCGGGCGACUCGUGGGCCGCCUACUCGCCGGCGGCGUACGAGCUGUCGCCGCACCUCAACCUGCUCAACGCGCCCUACUCCAGCUCGCCCUUCGGCGCGCCCUCCGCAGGGCCCUACUCGUACGCCUCCAUGCUGCAGCCGCAGCACGACGCCUCGCUCUUCCGGUCGCAGCACCAGCUGGACGAGUCGGGUGCGGUGCUGGGCCAGCACCAGGACUACGACGACAGCCCGGGGGUGGCGCUGCGCCACCAGGACUACGUGGGCGGCGGCGGGGGGGGCGGCAGCCCGCGGCACGGCGACUACGACGGCUGCGGCUCGCCCGGCGCUGGCAACGGCAACGGCAGCGUGCUGCGCCAGCACCACGACUACGGCGCGCCGCCUCCGCCGCCCCCAGGGGCCGGCUCUCCUGCCUCCGUGCGCCAGCAUCACGACUACGUCACAGCCACUAGCGCGGGCUCCCCGGGCGGCGGGCUGCGGCAGCACGGCGACUACGGCGGCGGCUCGCCCGGCGGGCUGCGCCACCAGCAGCCGCAGCACCACGAGUACGCUGACGGCGGCAGCCCGAUGCGCGAGUACCAGACCAUGGUGGCCGCGCCGCACCACCACAUGACCAUCGACGGCGCCAAGGGCAUCGACUACAUCGACGUGGAGGACAUGAGCCCGCAGAAGUACCAGGAAGAGCUGCUGGCCCACGAGAAGCGCGCCGCCGACGCGGGCUACAUCCUCACCGCCGCCCCCGCCAACGGCAACGGCGGCGGCAACGGGGGGCCCGCCGGCCGCAAGGACGGCGUCUCAGUCAAGACGGAGCAGACCUACGUCACGCUGCCGCCUUUCCUCGGAUGACUCCGGGCCAACAUCAGUGCUGGCCACUCCAUAGAGGACAUCGUCUUCGUGUAGGGAACGGUAGCGACCGGCCUGGGAAGCGCCGGCAAACACACGACAGCUAACUGCGAGCCUGCCCGACGUUGCGUACAGUACAUUCUGCUUUGAGAGCUAUGUAGUCGUAUCGAGUGCCAAAGGCUAAUUUAAGCACAUUAAUGGUACUAGGAACAAGCGAACCGACAAUACCGCAACUGCAAAUGAUCACACUUUAUUGCUUGAUCACUCAUAAAGUAAGUGCAGUAUCGCUGGUUACACAAAAGGCGAGCCCUUCACAAGCGUUAAAAUUUUUGCUCACGGUGUGUUACAGUAAGCAGAUCAGUCUGCAAAGGCCGACGAACAGAAGGCUGGACAGAUCGAUGAAAUCCAGGUUCCAUUCCUUCUUAUAAUUUACGUCUUCUUUUCCUAUGGUGCCGACUUAAUCAAUCAGUUUACGCCGCUAUCACAAACAGUACUUGAUGAGCCCUGAUAUCGUGUUGUCUGAGUGGAAACGAACAUUCUAUUGCAAGCAGGACUAAUUACGUUACCAUACAUACUUCUACAACACAACGAUAAGACGAACAUCCAAGCAUUUUAAAUACAGCCUUGAGGAUCUUAAUAUUUUGCCAGGCAUUAGUAAUUUUCUACGCCUAGUGUAAAUUGUUCUAUGAUGGUUUGAUAACGGUUACUGUAGCCAAGCAGUGUGGCUUUAUCGCAGCUGUAAGCACACUUGACCUUCUGGAGUCUGUGUUGCGAUCGCUCCAUUCUCUUCACCGCUUUUCACGAAGAUUUCUAUCCAGUUAAGAUUUUAGUAAUAAUUCUGAUUCCUUACACCAUCUCUAUACUUUUCCCCGUCGGGCCUGGUGAUCUAGUCGUGCAGCGUAUGCCCAGCUUUUACAUCUCAAUGAUGUGAGGAUUCGCCAGAAAAGACACAUGGCUCGUAUUCGACGUUACACCGUAGGUCCUCUUUCCCCGGAAGGGUUACUGUGAACACACAAGUCGCUGAAAUGGCGUCCAAUUGAAAAAUUUGCAUCAGGCCGUUGAGCCACAUGAAAUUAUUUCUUUAGGUUCUCCAGUGCUUUUAACAACAUUAACUGCUGAUACUGUGGUGAAUCUCUGUGAUAGCAGGAAAUUUAUUACGAACGGCCUUCGUGGGAAAGAUGGCACGUCACCUUGAUUCCAAUUAAACAAUAUUUCCGUAUUAUGUUCAUCAGUAAUAUGCACCUUCUUCUCCACUCAUUCUGGCGAGUAAAUAAUAACGCUGGAAAAGACAAAAGCGGACAGGUCUGAAGGUGCAGCAAAUAAGUGAAGUUGCUAUUGCAACGAGGCCAUUCCCCUACUCACCCUUGAGAUUUUCACCCAGCGAUGUGGCGCAGUGGUAGCACACUGGACUCGCAUUCGGGUGGACGAUGGUUCAAUCCCGUCUGCAGCCAUCCUGAUUUAGGUUUUCCGUGAUUUCCCUAAAAUCGUAUCAGGCAAAUGCCGGGAUGGUUCCUUUGAAAGGGCACGGCCGAUUUCCUUCCCAAUCCUUCCCUAACCCGAGCUUGCGCUCCGUCUCUGAUGACCUCGUUGUCGACGAGACGUUAAACACUAACCUAACCUAACCUUGAGAUUUUCAGUUUAGCUGCAGGCUCCAUACCUGUUCUUCAAAUGGAGAAUUACUUCCAGCCUUCACAAUAGUCAGCUGUAUUCGGGAUUUUCUAAAUACAGGCUAUAGGACCUAUCCAACGCUUCGAGAGACUCCAACCUGUUUGCAGGAUUUUAACUUUUCUUACUACCAGUCGAGUCGAAAAGAUCACAUUUCAAAUGUAAACGACAAUGUUAACACUGCAGAUUGUCACUGUGUUACUUUGCAUAAGUCACCUGCAGGGGCCAUAUGGCUUAUCAGUUCCCAAUCGCUGUAAACGCAUGCCUCGUUAGCAUAAUGCGAACAGACAGAAACUAUAAUUUCUUGAUACCUGUUUGUACCAAUUUAAAAACUAAUGACGACUCCAGUACCAUUAAUGAUGCCUUGUUAACACAUUUAUAUGAAAACAAAAGUAAAUAACCUAUUUUUAUAUCCUUUUUACAGCAAAAAUUCUAGGAAAGUCUACUAACGCUACAAAAAUCCUUAAAAAAGAAAAGCCUUCCCGAAAUAUAUGGCAAACAGUCCAGUUUAACAGCUUUGCUCAGUGAUGUUCUCAUUGAACACAAAAACGCAGGCAAGACUUUGCUACUGUGUUAACGUCCAGCGCUGAUGUGAAGUUAUGUUUGAAUCUCUUGUGUCACUACAGAAACUAUUCUCCAUGAAGAAUGUGUAACGUUUGCUCCUUUUUAUGAAUGGACGAAAUAAAAAUUGAAAGAGUAUUAGCUUAGUUUUAGUUAUACAGCACCAACCGCUGAGUUUUAGUGCUUCGAGGAACUGAAAUAUCGAAUUCUUCAUCUUCUAGACAACGAAUUUUCUAACGCGCAGUGCCACAAAUAAUGUUUUGUGUUCGAUGUACAUGUGUAACAUUAAUUAUAAGUCAUUUCUCAAUUAAGUAUGUAAUUCAUGAAGUAAGUUCGCUCUUCCUUAUUGUUUGCAUUUAAGUAACAAUGGAACUCAGCCAUAGAAUUCCAAAUUUACAUGUGCCAAAGUCUUUUUUCGUAAUUCUGGAUUGUCGGGCCUAAAAUUAAUAGAAGUAGAUGUCUUGAGAUGUAAUUGUACAGUAAAUAACUUAAACGGUCUUGGAAGGCUGUAUCAACUGCUAAUAGGGCAGAAAAUGCAUUCAUGUGCCUUUACAAUUUACAGUAUCCAUCACUGAGUGUUGGUGAACUGCACAUGUGUAUAAUUUUAGGCUGCCUGAGAGGGAUCAAUAAAAUAAUUAAUGGUUGAAAUAUGUAAUAUAAAGCGCUGUUUUAGAGAGAAAGAUUAAGUGGACAAACUUUUAGGUGUAACGAGAAGACAUUGAAGGUGAUAAUAUUUCUUAUUUGCAAAUGUACGAGUUGUUUUCUCGAUGAAAUAUGACAAAUGAAAAUUAAUAUUUUACUUUACUUAAUUUCUCCUGUUGUAAAUUAGUGUGACAAAAUAUUUUGAAAUUAAUAAAAAGCAUUAUAUGUAAACAUAC